CAUAUAUAUGCAUGAAGCUGGGCAGUCAAGCGGACCAUAAAUUUAGUCAAAACUAACACGGCACCACAGGCAGGCAAGCGUGGCAGAGACACGGCGGAGACCUGUAGGGGCACCACGUGUUCGCCAAGCCGCUGCGUAUAUACUCCAGCUAUUCUGUUAGCCAUUGCCAGGGAAAUAAAAUUGCAUCUCCUGCAUGGCUGAGCAUUUCUUAUACGUAGCAGUAGGGCGCAAGCUUCCUUUCUUCUUCUGAUUUCUGUUUGUAAUAUGCGUUUGACCGAGGCAUUAUGUCACCCUGCGUUAUCAAUAGGCAGAUUUACGGUUAUAUUAACAUGCUUUUUUAUUAUUCUUGCUUUCAGCAUCAGAACUAGGAGCUACACAAACCCUGCUGAGAGCUGUAAUCUGCACCAUCCUCUCGGUAGCGCAGCCGCGCCUGGCUCAGGAGGAUCGGCUGCAAACAAUGGGGAGCCGCCAGAAAAGGUGGUGAACCCCGGCGAGAGUCUUAGCAUCCCGUGCUUCCUCGAGACUCCCGGUGGAAGCGUUCAGUGGAUGCGCAAUGGGCACCCCGUGGUUCUCGAUCUGGGCUCGGGCGCUGCCGGCAGCCGUCGCCAGUGGAACAUCUCUCGCGACGGCACCGCCGCGCUCACCAUCACGCAGGUGACGCGAGCCGACGACGGCCUGUGGGAGUGCCGAGAGUUUGCCGACGACGACUCCGUCAGGAGGGUGACCAAGGUGCUCAAGCUGGUCGUCACCGGUGCUCCAGAAGAGCCGUUCCUGACACUGAGUGGCGAGCGGCUGCAAGAAGGCUCCCGCGUCACCGUCCAAGAGCGCGAGGAGGUGGAAGUGGGCUGCGUGGCGCGUCGUGCCGUUCCCGCCGUCCGAAACAUGCACUGGAUGUUGGGCGAGACAAACAUGACGGCAGCCAGUCAGCUGUUCGUGGAGUUCUCUCCCCAAGAGGACUCGUACACCACGCGCAGUGUGCUCAGCCUCAACGCUUCGCGGGACCUGCACGGCCUGCAGCUUUCCUGCCACGUGUACCACGUGUCGUGGCCCACAUCCACGGCCGUCGCCGCCUCGCUUGAUGUCCUCUACGUGCCGUCCUUCUCGAUCUCCCGGGAGCCGGGUUUCGGUUUCCCAAUCCUGGAGAAGAUGCCGGUGUCCCUGCACUGCGCGGUGGACGCCAACCCGCAAAGCGCGCCGCGAUGGCUCAAGGACGACGGGCCACCCCCGGUACCUCAGAGCCCCGACGGAUACCUAAAUUUCUCAGCCAUCGAGCGCCAUCAUGCUGGCUGGUAUCGCUGCGCUGCCGUCCAUCGUCUCGGGACGUUCGCCUCCUUCGGAUACUACCUCAACGUGCGAUACGGGCCUGAGAUUGUGGAGCAGCCACCAUCGCAGGUGUCGGCCGACUUUGGCGAACCAGUGCAACUCGACUGCAAGGCGGACGGAAAGCCGCCGCCGUCCUACUGUUGGACGCGCGUGCGUUCUGGCCGUCUAGAAAGCAUGACCUCCGAGAGCUCCCUCAUGCUGGACCCGGUGCUGUACUCGGACGCCGGUAGCUACCAGUGCACGGCCACGAAUCACCUUGGAUGGAAGGAGGAACGGGCCCGCACCAGAAACAUCCUGCUGACCAUAUCGGGCCGACCCGACGUCAGAGCGUUAAAUAGAACCCUGACGGCAAUCGUGGGGAAGCCUGUCAGGAUCUCGGUGCUGGUCUGUGCCAAUCCGCCUCCGACACGAGCUUACUGGAUCGUGAGGCGCGUGCUUCUGAGUCCGGGAGACGCGUCCCACGCCCAUUACGUCGCCAACAACUACAGUAGUGCCGAUACACCCUUUUGUAGAACCACGUCUCUAGAUAUCAGGUCAGUUCACCCCGACGACGGCGGAGAAAUACUGUUCGUUGCUAGAAAUCCCAAGGGCAUCGACGAUGCCGCUGUGCUUCUCAACGUCACACACCAGGCAAGCUUAUUCUUCACUGAGGAGAGCUCCUUUGCAGAAAAACCAAAACUCAGCUGGCUACUUCCAGCAUGGAUAAGCUUAUUUUUGGCCUUUUCCGACCCACUGAGAAGUGGUGGAAGCUGACAGGGGUUUUAGGAGGUCAUAGGAACUCCUAAGCAAGAAAAUGCUGUACCACUUCAAAGGGGGACACCCUGCCAAAAGGACGCUAUUGAAAGGCCAAGACCAAGUCUUCAACUUCUAGAAAUUUAAAGUGCGGAAAUAUUGACUGGCGACUAUCUGCAGGACUGAUUCCACCAGUGCAUUUUGUUCUGAAGAUCUCUCAGCGAUCGGGGAUUGAGCUGAAUCGACAUAGCUGAUAAUCUGUGAAAGCUACAAAUGGACCUGCAGUGUUUUUGUCGGGCAACCUGUAAUAAAGAAAAUGAAUGUAUGGUAUCUUGUAAAGGUUA